UGGUCUUCGGUCACAUGGUUCCGCAGCGUUUCCGUGUUUACAGCGGGCUGGUCUGAGAGUAGGGUUUACAGUUCCCAACGAUGGUGCGCAGCAGACAUGGCAUUUCUGAAGACAAAAGAGCGAUCUAAAGAAAGGUUCUCCCUGUUGCUGCUGGACCUCGAGGAAUACUAUUUUGAGCAGCACACAGCUCUGCAACUUGGUGCAAGCUCGACAAAGGACAGAAAGGUCAGAGGCUCAUUCAAGGUUUGCUCUAAAUCGCUCAUAUUUGAUCCUGAAGACUUUGCUGAGCCGAUAUUAAAGAUUCCUCUCAGGGAAUGUAAGAAGAUUGAGGUGGUGGACCAAAAUGAGAACCCCUUCGAGACAAAGCCACCGACCAUCUCUAUUCUAUGCAGACAGGCCAAUUAUAUGAAAGAAGACAAUGUCAUUGCGCCAUACAGAAUCGAAAGAGGUGAUAAAAGGUUCAACUUUGAACUGGAAGUUUGGAAUAAAACGGAAGAUGUUGUCCAAACAUUGCUACAGCUCCACAGGGCGUCCUGCUUAGACAAACUGGGAGACCAGACAGCAAUGAUUGAGGCUAAUUUACAGUCAAGACUGGCAAGAUCGUCAUUUGACAAACACAGCUUCCAGAGCGUGUCAGAGGGCCCGCACAUGGAGUGCACCGCGGAGAUGGUCCUGCCUCUGGUGUCCAACCCCGGGCACGUCUGCAUCACGGACGAGGGCCUCUACUUCCAGCCCCUCAACGGAUACCCCGAACAGGUGAUUCAGAUCAAACUCCACGAAGUCCUGAGGAUCUACAAAAGGAGGCAUGGGCUCAGGCCACUGGGGCUGGAGGUGUUCUGUACAGAGAACGACUCCUGCUCUGACAUCUACCUGAAGUUCUACAACACAGCAGACCGAGACGAAGUCUACUACUACAUCGCCACAUUCUUGGAGAACCACUUGAUGGAGCACACGGCGGAGAGCUACAUGCUGCAGUGGCAGCGCGGCCACCUCAGCAAUUACCAGUACCUGCUCCACCUCAACAACCUGGCCGACCGCAGCUGCAACGACCUGUCCCAGUACCCCAUCCUGCCCUGGGUGCUGGCCGACUACACCAGCCCCCAGCUAGAUUUGACGAACUCGGCUACGUUCAGAGACCUGACCAAACCCAUCGGUGCUCUAAACAAAGAGAGACUGGAGCGCUUACUGGCCCGCUACAGAGGCAUGCCGGAGCCGUCCUUCAUGUACGGCAGUCACUACUCGUCCCCAGGCUACGUCCUCUUCUACCUGGUCAGAGUCGCUCCUGAGCACAUGCUGUCUCUGCAGAACGGACGCUAUGACCACGCGGACAGGAUGUUUAACAGUAUCCACGAAACGUGGAAGAAUUGCCUUGAGGGUGCAACUGACUUCAAAGAGUUGAUUCCGGAGUUCUAUGGUGAUGAUCCUAGCUUCUUGGAGAACAAGUUUAGCAUCGAUCUGGGAAGGAGGCAGAACGGAAGCUCAAUCAACGAAGUCAACCUGCCGCCCUGGUCCUCAGACGCCAACGAUUUCCUCCAGAAACACAAGAUUGCGCUGGAGAGCCAGUACGUGUCAGAGAACCUCCACGAGUGGAUUGACCUGGUGUUUGGCUACAAGCAGCGUGGGUGUGAGGCUGUGGCAUCCCAUAACGUGUUUCACCCGCUGACCUAUGAAGGUGGCAUCGAUUGUGACAGCAUCGACGACCCUGACCAGAGGAUCGCCAUGCUGACCCAGAUCCUGGAGUUCGGCCAGACCCCCACCCAGCUGUUCACCGUGCCCCACCCCCAGAGGAUCACCCCCCGCUUCCACAGCAUGACCCAGAGCUCCAGCACCUACUCCACGCUCAGCGACAUGUCGUCAGCCUGCUCCAGUGAGGACACCUCGUUUGAGGACCUGACGGAGGAAAGCAGGAAGCUGGCCUGGGGGAACAUGGAGCAACUCCAGGUGCUCUCCACCCAUAAGAUACACAAAGAGGCGGUGACGGGAAUCGCUGUGACUCGAGACGGAGCAUCCAUUUUCGCCACAUCACAAGAUUCAACGAUAAAAAUGUUCUCUAAAGAGCUGAAAGAAUUCCAGAGAAGCAUGUCUUUCUCCAACAUGGCGUUGUCCUCAUGCCUGAUGCUCCCAGAUGACAACACCGUGGCUUGUUCAUCCUGGGACAACAACGUGUACUUUUACUCCAUACCUUACGGCAGGCGGCAAGACACACUGAUGGGUCACGAUGACGCCGUCAGUCAAAUGUGUUGGUACGGUGACCAACUGUACACCGCGUCCUGGGAUUCCACCGUCAAGGUUUGGCUGCGGGAUCCAGACAACCAAUCCCGGAGCAAGAGAUGCUCCUUAGAGCUGCUCUACGAGUUCGAACACGAGUCCGGGGUGAACGCCGUCGCUCUGAACCCCGCGGGCACCCUGCUGGUGACGGGGUGUAAGGGCGGCACGGUGUGCAUCUGGGACGCCGGUAGCUAUGGGUUACUGCAGCAGGUCCAGUGUCACUCGGGCACCAUCCACCACAUCUCCUUCAGUUCAGACAGCAGACACGUCCUGAGCACCGGGGCCGACUGCUGCCUCAAGGUCAUAGACGUCCAGACGGGCACCGUGAUGUCAUCAGUACGAGCCGAGGAGGAGAUGAGGUGCUUCUGUUGGGACGGGAACACCGCGCUGUCUGGCAGUCAGUCUGGUGACCUGCUGCUCUGGGAUCUGCUGAGCAACACACUCACCAAGCGCAUCCCUGCACACUCAGGAGCAGUGACGGCGAUGUGGAUGAACGAGCCGUGCAGCUCGGUGAUCACCGGUGGCGAAGACAGACAGAUCAUCUUCUGGAAGAUCGCCGCAUAACCUGCCCCCCUCUGCUGUGGUCCACCAAUCAGCUGCCGGGACAGAGCGUCGUGCCGUCUUCCAGACCAAUGGUAUUGGACGAGGUGGAGUCGACCCGUAACGCUUUUAACGCUGCCGACCGUAAUGGCCGCAGCACUCUGCUUGCUCAUUUGCUGCCAGAAUGGAGCUUAGGACUCGCUGUUGCUCUCUGGUGCUCCUCGAGGGCGCUAUGUAGGAAACCAAAAAGAAUGUAUCCUUCAGUUUGUUUGCAGUCACCUUGUCCUGACUUUUUAGCCUACAGACUUGUUUCAGGGCUUUUAUAAUAGCUGGUGUUUGUUUGUUUGUUAUUUUCCAUCUCAGGCUUUUGGUUGUUGUUUUUUAAAUAGAUGUAGUUUAACUGUGUUGAUGAGGUGUUUUUGCUCUUAAUUUAAGAGUUUUUCUAGUUUAUUUCCUGUUUCCGGUUUAUCAAGUAUUUUCACAAACCACGACCACAACAACAUAGUUGUGUGCGUCAUUUCAUGGAAGUUGAUUAGCUUGUACAAAAAAUAGAAAAGUAAGCUUAUUCAAAUACAUUAUAUAAAACUGAAUAAGAAAAAUACCUAUAACUUUUAUUCCUACUCUAGCUACACACAUACACAAGGUGUAAUAAAUAUGAAAACUUUAACAAGCCACUAUACUGUCAAUAUCUAGUCGUAAACGUACUAUUGACUAUAAUGCCUACACACACUGCGUUGGUGUGUGAGUAUUAGUAUUAUUUUUGACCUGACAUAAAAAGGUAAAUGAUGAGACAUUAUGUGGUAACCCAGUCCUCUUUGUCGCCGGGUUCCACGUACAAAUCACAAGUUUCAGCGAGGGAUAAAGCCUCAUUCGGCAUUUAUUGCAUUUAUCUGAGACACAUACAUUAGACGCGGUCUCUAGGGCCUCCGUGGGCCUCUAGCCGUUCGCGGACCCGAGCGCUUCCUACUUCCUCGCUCCCGUUCCUGGUCUGCCACAAAUGUCAGUCCUCGUGCUCCCUUUAAGAUGGCUCUUCGGCUUUCGGCCAGGUGUCCCCCAAUCUCGCUGAUUGGGGUUCGGCCGGUGCUCUCCGUCGCCGGCUGGUGGGUGAGGGUGGUAUCGGCCAUCCAGGACCAACCCUCGGGCGGGUCCGGGCCGAGGUUUAAGUGGCGGGAUGCCACACUCCUCCACCCUUUGUCCAAGCCUCGGGUCGACGGAUAGUGGAAGGCGGCGGUACACGCCGUCCACGACUACACCUCUGACCCGCCCCGGGCCGAGGUUUACGGGGCGGGAUGCCACAAUUUGUAAAAGUGUUGACGUGGAAAAUGUGGUGCAUGGAUUUGGUGGAUUGGACAGGAGGCGACUGCUCAGUUGCCAUUAUCCCUACAGGAAACAUAUAUGUCAAUUUUUUCCUAAACGGACGGGCCUUAUGUUAGCAAGACCCACCCCGAGUGUAAAUACACAUGUUUGUCGACGCUGAGAUGUACUCUCAAAGUUAUUUUCUUGUUACCAGAAGCCUGAGCAAAGGAUCGUGAUAGCAAGUUGCACAUGGGGAAAAGUAGGAGUCCGUCUUUGCAAACUCAGAAACAUGCAGUUUAAACCAUGUAAGUGCAUUAUAGGUAUUUGUAGCGAUAUAAUUGUUUUAAGUAUUUCAAAUGCAAAUAUAAUUAUUUUUAAUAAAAGCUUCUAUAUAUCGUGGA